ACGGCCGGAAGGGGCGUGGCGGCGCUGCCCGUUGGCCGGAAAUGACGCUGCAGCUCGCGCGGAGGCGGUGGAGCCGGGUCGGAGCCAUGUCAGCGGGAGGUGGCGGGCAGCGCGACGUUGGGGCCGCGGGCGGGCGGCGCAGCAAAUGGGAUCAGCCCGGCCCGGCCCCCGCCUUCCUUCUCUCUGGGGCGGCCCCGCUGCCCGGGCGGCCCUUCCCCGGCGGCGGAGAUGGCGGCCCCGCCGUGGGGGUCUCCGAGAGCUCCGCGGCUCCGUCGGGGGCCUUGGAUGCGGCCGCGGCCGUGGCCGCGAAGAUCAACGCGAUGUUAAUGGCCAAAGGGAAGCUGAAGCCGGCGCCCAGCACGGCAGACAAGCUGCAGGCUCUGGGGAAAGGCCCAGCCACAAGUAAAAGCAAAGAUGACCUUGUGGUGGCAGAGGUGGAAAUCAACGACGUGCCCCUCACGUGCAGAAACCUCCUGACGAGAGGGCAGACCCAGGAUGAGAUAAGUCGGCUGAGCGGGGCGGCCGUCUCUACUCGAGGGAGGUUCAUGACUGCAGAGGAGAAAGCAAAAGUGGGACCUGGAGAUCGCCCUUUGUAUCUUCAUGUCCAGGGUCAGACCAGGGAGCUGGUUGACAGAGCUGUUAAUCGUAUUAAAGAGAUCAUUACUAAUGGAGUAGUGAAGGCUGCCACAGGUUCUAGUCCAACGUUCAAUGGAGCUACAGUGACUGUCUACCACCAGCCAGCCCCCAUCGCCCAGAUGUCUCCAGCAGUUGGUCAGAAACCUCCAUUCCAGUCAGGGAUGCAUUAUGUUCAGGACAAAUUAUUUGUUGGUCUGGAACAUGCUGUACCUACAUUUAACGUGAAGGAGAAGGUGGAAGGGCCUGGUUGCUCCUACUUGCAGCAUAUUCAGAUUGAAACAGGUGCCAAAGUCUUCCUUCGUGGCAAAGGCUCAGGUUGCAUAGAACCAGCAUCAGGCAGAGAAGCUUUUGAACCCAUGUACAUCUACAUCAGUCACCCAAAGCCAGAAGGAUUAGCAGCUGCGAAAAAGCUGUGUGAAAAUCUACUGCAAACUGUUCAUGCUGAAUACUCUCGAUUUGUGAACCAGAUAACUACUGCCGUACCUUUAGCAGGCUUUGCACAGCCUGCCACUAUAAACAACGUACCUUCUCAGCCAUCGUAUUACCCUUCCAAUGGAUAUCAGUCUGGUUAUCCUGUCGUUCCCCCUCCUCAGCAGCCAGUUCAGCCUCCAUAUGGCGUCCCAGGCAUAGUACCACCUGCUGUGCCCUUGGCACCAGGAGUCUUAACAACACUACCUACAGGAGUUCCACCUGUGCCAACACAGUAUCCAAUAUCUCAAGUACAGCCUCCAGCCAGCACUGGACAGAGUCCACUGAGCGCUCCUUUUCUUCCUGCUGCUGCCCCAGUAAAAUCAACUUUGCCGACUGGUACACAGCCACAAGUGCAAGCCCAUCCCCAAGGCCAAAAGAGGCGCUUCACUGAGGAACUGCCAGACGAGAGGGAGUCAGGACUGCUGGGAUACCAGCAUGGACCCAUUCAUAUGACUAAUUUAGGUACAGGCUUCUCCAGUCAGAGUGAAAUCGAUGGAGCCGGAUCCAAGCCAGCAAGUUCCUCAGGAAAGGAGAGAGAGAGGGACAGGCAGUUGAUGCCUCCACCUGCUUUUCCUGUCACUGGGAUGAAAUCGGAAUCUGAAGAAAGAAAUGGUGUGGGGUCUCUGCCAGGCAGCCAUGAUCAUCAAGCAAAGAAGAUGAAAACAUCGGAGAAGGGCUUUGGAUUGGUGGCGUAUGCUGGAGAUUCAUCAGACGAAGAGGAGGAACACGGUGCCCAUAAAAAUGCAAGUACUUUUUCACAGGGGUGGAGCUUGGGAUACCAGUAUCCUUCCUCACAACAGCGAGCCAAACAACAGAUGCCAUUUUGGAUGGCACCGUAAAAGCUACAGAACUGUCUUCAUUCAUCUCCUUUUUUUUUUUUUUUUUUUCCCCUCUAGCAAUAAUGCAUGUAUAAUACGAAAGGAACUUUGCGAAUAUGCAUUGUUUUUACAUUUGCAGAAGCUAAAGGUUCAGUAUUCCGCCUCGAAAGGGCUCCAUUAUUUUUAAACUCUUUAUUUCUGCAGUGAAUUUGUCAUCCAUGAAAAACAUUUGAAAUAGCAUUUGGCCAGGGCCAGUCCCUUGUACCGAGGGGGAGGUGCUGGAAAGAGAAACUAGAGAAGCCUGGCGCUCUGUUUCCCAUUUUUCCAGGGUAACUUAAAAAUGGAAAGCGUCAGCCACGCUGACUUCCCUCUGCAUCUGGUGUUGUACUUUAUCCCGUGCUCCUGCUGCCAGCCCGUGCUCGCGGUCCCAUUGAGUUAAUGGUGACUGUGCGUUCCGUGUUGGGACUUUCAGCAAAGGAAAGCAACCCCCCCCUGGUUCACAAACAUUUGCCGGAUUGCGUUUCUUGGAGUUCACCGUUUGCUUUUACUUUAAGCAUUCUCCUCUUGUAACUCCACAUUGGGUUUUUUUUUCUUUACAAUGUGGUUUGUCUAACCCCACAACUUCUGGUUCCAGCCAAGGGCUGGGGGGGGGGGGAUUGAUCCUCAGUGGGUUCGUCUUGCCGCUACUCGCCCGCCUCCAGCGCUCCCUGCCUCUUUCAUUCUGCUCAGCCGUUCACACGGGGCCGCUUCUCCGUGCUCCCCGAGCUUCUCCCCCUCUCUUUACUCACUUUGAUUCCGCCCGUUCUGUUUCACGGUGCUCGAACAAGGAGGGGAAGGCAGCAGCUGGUUGGGUGCAGCACGGCGCUGUGCCGCCGGGCACCGCUCUCGUUGGGAAGCACGGGAACGGAGCGUGAAUCAAUUCCUUGCGGACUCAAACCACAGCGUGGGCUUUGGUGGCAGGGCAGGGCUCCUGGAACGGCAGGGAGAGCUCCAACCCAGCAGCGCUCUGCUCCAGGGGCUGGCACCUUUGUACAAAUACCGACUUUCCUAUGUCUUGUAAAUAAUUAGAGCCAUGCUUUCAUUAUAAAUACAUGUAUAAACGAUGUACAAACGC